GUAGAAAACAAACAGUAAAGUGUAUUCACUGUAACCUUGGGCCAAGCUGGAACUGCAGUGGGAGUGGAGCGGUCCACAGUCUGAUGGGAAAAGCCCACAGAAGUUGUUUCCAAAACACAGGGAGAGUUUGGAGGGGUAGCGGCAGAGGGACCUUCAUCAUCACUGUCCCAGCUUAAGGUUUAACACAGCAUCUGCCUUCACAGGUGAAUGGGACUGUCUCUACCUCGUGACCAGUCUCUGCCCGACCAACCCGGAGAUGGCCGGACACUAACACCUGCCCUUUGGCUCUGAGGUCCCAGCACGGAUUGGGGGAACAUUGAUUGAAAUGGCCAUGGCGAGAGUGUGGGACUUGCUGGACCGAACCUGUCGUAUCCUUGGCAUCGUUACUGCAGCAGUUCUCCUGGGAGUUGGCACUCACACUGCAGUGGAAGGGCAGUUCACAAAGCUUGCUGUUUACUUGCUAUUUGCAGCAGCAGUACUGAUCCUUCUGGAGGGCCCAUAUUUCAUUGACAUUGUGCUUGGUCAUCACUGCCCCUCUGUCUACCAGAAAUCAAACAACAAGAUGUGGACUCUCUGGGAGAAAGCCCUCAGACCCAAUGGAUUUCAGAAGUUCCUGACGUUCAUCUUUCUGUCGGUGGCUUGCUUCUUGCACCCUGUUCUCAUUUGGCACGCCACGAUUCCAGGCACCAUGUUGAUAGUGAGCGGUCUCGCAUACUUUGUGCUUAGCCUGAGGAAAACAUUUCAGACGAAGGUUGCAGAGGCGAUGGGGAGAGGGUGCUGCCCCGGACAAUACGUCACUGCGAUAGUUCUGUCAGAGGCCGGCCAGAGGGAGCAGAUGUACAGCUUCCAACAGCACUCUGCAAAGAAGAGACUCUCCCUGAUAAACCACCUGCGAAAUAUCUUCAAAGUCAACACAGAAAGACCUCCAGCCAGUGAACCGACAAGGACCUCUCAGCACAAGAUGACCAGAACUCCCACUGGGACCACAGCGAACGCAGGCCCAUUGUGUGAGGAAGGUGUUAUUAAAAUGGUCCUGUCUGAGGCUGGAGAUCUGGAGGAGCCUGGUCCAGAUGAGACCACAUCUGAUAAAGUACUGAUCAUCUCCAAGUGAGAACUUACGUUGGCCUACUUCACACUCAACCCACUGAACACACACCUUCCCAAAUGAAUAUUCACAUCAAUGGAGAAACAAGGAACCUCCAAGUGCUGGAGUAACUCAGCGGGUUACCACUCCCUUCUGUGGAGGACAUGGAUAGGAGAUGUUAGUGGGCUGCACAGU